AUGCCACAAAAGGCUGUUAAAGGACAGGCACUAGCAGAUUUUCUGGCUGCCCAUCCUUUACCUGUAUGUUCCCCACUUAACGAUGAGUUGCCAGAUGAGCAAAUACUCGAAGUGGAAGAAAAAACACACUUAGAAGAAUGGGAGCUCUAUUUUGAUGGAGCUUCGUCAAUAAGGCCAGCCCGACCACCUAAGCUUCCAACAGUUCAGGUGGGCAUUGGUCUUAUAUUCGUAACCCCACAAGGCGGUAUACUGCGAUACUCAUACAGCUUAAUAGAACCUCGCACUAAUAAUGAAGCUGAAUAUGAAGCUCUAAUAGCGGGUCUUGAGCUUGCAAUUAAUAUGCAAAUUGUGAAGCUCCGAAUACAUGGAGAUUCUCAACUUAUAAUUAAGCAAAUAGAUGGUGCUUUUCAAAUUCACAAGCCCGAGCUAAUCCCAUAUCGUGGUGAAAAUGGUAAAGCUGAUGCACUGGCAAAACUUGCUAAGGAGAUGGCAAAUUCCCAAGAGAAUCCAAUCCUUAUAACUAUCCAAAAUAGACAUGCAUUGGCUCCGGCUUCCUUACAAGAUAAUGAAGGAAAAGAAACGCUCGAGAGCUUUCACAUAUCGGAUGAGAGUGAUUGGAGAGAACCAUUCAUCACGUAUUUCAAAGAGGGUAGAUUACCAGACGAUAAAUCUAUCGCUUUACAAAUAUCCAAAAGGGCAUUAAGAUAUGCUUACGUUAAUAAUACACUAUAUCGUAGAUCAUUUGACCAAAUGUGGCUACGAUGUCUAGGUCCUGAUGAAUCCCAGAAAGUCAUAACCGAAGUCCAUGAAGGAUUGUGCGGUGCACAUCAAUCCGGACCUAAAAUGAAGAUCAAAAUUAAGCGCAUGGGAGAUUAUUGGCCUAACAUGGUUAAAUAUUGUCUUGGCUAUGCUAAGAAGUGCCAUCAAUGCCAGGUGCACACUGAUGUUAUACAUCGACCACCUAACCCAAUACAUCCUACAGUAGCAUCUUGGCCAUUUGAAAGUUGGGGUACCCAUAUAAUUGGUCCUAUAGAACCACCGUCUUCUUUAGGACAUCGGUUCAUCCUUGCUGCUACAGAUUACUUCUCAAAAUGGGCUGAAGCAAUUCCCCUACGAGAAGUGAAAACGGACAAUGUAAUGAAAUUCUUCCGGGAUAACAUUGUCUAUCGCUUUGGGGUGCCACAUCCAAUCAUAUCAGAUAAUGGUACCGCAUUGAAAAGUGCCAAAAUUUAUCGAUUUAUUGAAAGCUAUAAAAUAGGCUGA